AUGUCAGAAUCUGAUGCUCAAGCCUUAAGUCGCAUGAACGCAUACGUAGUGCCGUCAUACAUACCAAAAGACGCACCAAGAGGCCCAGCUGCCAUGCGAGUGACCCGUCCAACCCAAGACGAAGCUCAUGACGAAAUCAACGACUGGUUAGAGUCGGGGCUACAGUCGUACACAGAAGAGGGUCAGCGCAUGCGUGAUGCUGCGAACGGCGUCCAUCUAACAAAACGUUCGACCGUGCUACCCAGCGCUACCGACUUGAAUAGUAGACGUGAAGAGCCCGAACAAGCUUCACCGCCUCCUGCUUACCCUGAAGAGACUUCCGUUCCACUCAACGACGGUGGCGCGGAUGUCCCAAUCCGCUCACAUGGGUCCAGGCAGUUUGGUGGAAUCGUCCGUCACAUCGCCGUCAGCGGUGACUACAACAACAUCCACUUGAAUACCGGUACGGGGCAGCAGAACAUCGCUCAUUACGACCAUCGCAAGUAUCGAGAUGAAGAGAAUGUUCAAGAUUAUCAGGUUGCUGUGAACGGCGGCGGCGAGGAAGGCUACGAUGGUGCGAACGAGGACCGCAACGGCCACGGAAAUAGUCAGGAUAAUACCCCAGGUUAUCGUUCGCCAACAGGCGGCCGAGACGAUCGAUAUUAUCGGGGUGAUGAUCGCCAAUAUGAUGGUUACGAUGGAAGGUAUAACGAGAGUCGUGGCCGUCGCAACACGCCUGCACGUGACAGCCGGGCUGGUGCGCGCUACGAUGAUGACGACGGAUAUGGAAGUUACGGAAGUUACUAUAGCUAUAGUGAUGAGAGUGAGUACAGUGACUGGUAG